UGUCGCGCGUCAGAAAACGGCGGCCAGUUUGAAGUGACGAGGAUAAAACCGUUAUUACCCGCCAGUGUCUGGAAAUUAAGUCGCCUUUCUGGGUGUGUCCCGUGGAGUGUGUGUGUGUGUUGAGCGCGGUUGUGAUCGUUGGGGGGACGGAGACUAGUUGUGAGGAGGGGGAAUUAUGCACGAGAAAGGACAGUGAAAGUUUGUUUAGUAGUGAUAUUGCAAAAUCGGUGACGAUGUCGACGGAGGUGGCGGUCAUGCAGAAGGCUCUGAAGGUGGAGGUUCAGAGCCCGGUGAAACCAGAGGUCCUGAAGCCCUCCAACACCGCCAACCUCCAAAACAUCACCAACAUAUCAGCCAAAAUUCCUUCAAUCAACAACAAGGCCGCGAACUUCACCAAUAAAAUCACCUCAAAUGCCGUCACCAAAACAACAGACAGCUUUACUACUAAACACAUGCUCGGGAGAGUCAACAUCAGAAUCCAACCAAUCACUUCCAAGCCCAGCGUGAUCAGAUCCCCUUAUCCACAGAGCACCAAAUCUCCAUUUAAGCCUCUGACGCCCAUCAGACCUUCUCCAACAACCAAGAACUCCCUCACCUCCCCCGCACCAACCACCCCCAACACCCCCACCCGAACACCCACUUCCGUCUCCAAAGCCUUGGAUUCCUCGUCUCUCUCCGCGUCGUUCAAUGCGCUCCUCGCCUCUCCAUCGUCGUCCUCGACGAUCAGCCUAUCACCGACCAAGUGCAGAAGAAGAAUAAGCUACUCAGACACGGAGGUUCGUAUUCCAGUGUCUAGAAGAAACGCCAGAGAGAGAAACAGAGUGAAACAGGUAUCGCAAGGGUUCGCUAUCCUCCGCCAGCACGUUCCUCAAGCCGCUCGCAAGAAAAAACUUAGCAAAGUGGAGACCUUACGUUGUGCCGUCGACUACAUCCGGGGCUUGCAGCUGCUGCUGGAUAACCAUCCUUCAACCACCCAACAGCCCUUGACCGCCGCCGCCAACCCGUCCUACCACCACCAUCAUCACCAUCACCAGCAGCAGCAGCAGCAGCUGCAGCAUCCCCACCAGGUGUUCUUGCAGCCUCACUCUACCAUAGAGCCGCAUAUCCUGAAACUUCCCGUGGCUGAUGAGGCCUUCCACUCACCAGCCUCCCUCAGAUAUGACGGCAUCGCUGGGGCGUUCCUGAGGACUUCUCCAACGGAAUCUGAAGGAGGACAAUCCCCCUCCCACAUCUUCUACAGCGACAAGCUGUCCUCGUCCUCUACCACCUCUCCAUCAUCGUCCUCCUCCUCGUCGACAGGGGUAUGCAUGGGAACUAUCAAGACUGAAGGGAAUGAUACCAGGAACUAUGGCAGAGAGGAACAGGACCUGCUGGAAGCGCUUGCCUGGUGGCAACACAAUAUCCAACCGUAGGGAGAAUGUCAUGGCUGGAUAAACUGACGGUGAUACAUGGUGAUACAUGUUGACGGGGCGGUGUGAAACGUGUAAAUGGGGGGCAGAGAUACGUGCAUUAACGGAAUACGUGUGUUGACUACAAAGUGAAUGAACAAAGUGUGUCUUUUAGGGCAAAAAGAGUUACCACAUGAACUGUUUGUAUGAAAAACUGUGUCUGGGGGGAAGCUCAAACAGGAGAGUAUUGUAAUGAUCUCAAUAUUCUGGAUACAAAUUUUCCAAUAGUGAAUCCCACUCAUGGGGAGCUGCUUGUGAGCUGCUUCGCUUAAUGACCUGAUCACAGAUCUCUGUACAUUACUUGCUCAUCAAUUCAUUGUAACAUCAAACUGUUUUAGAGUUUGAAAGUCGUGUAUUGACUGACCGUAUAUAUAUAUAUUAUCUAUUUUCAUGAGUGUUUAGCCAAUAUGAAAGAAGUGCGGCUUUCAAAUGUGAAAAAAAUCAAGGUAGGAAUGACGAAGAAUCAGCUCGUGAUAUAUGGCCAUCUCUCUCUCUCUCUCUCUCUCUCUCUCUCUCUCUCUCUCUCUCUCUCUC